AUGUAUAAGAGACUUCCUACUAUUAACGAGUGUAUGAUUUCAAGGGCAUCUUUAAUGCCUGAAUCAACCCACAUUGCUAAGCCAGCUGCCUCGUGGUUUGAUGACUUUCUUAUUCUUGCGACUUGGAGACUUUUUGAAAACUGCAUAAUGAUCUUCAUUAUGCAAUUAAUUGCAAGGAUUGUACAACUGAGUUUUCUAAAACUAACAUUGUGCAAUUGUUCCAAUGCUUCCUUUCACUCGGAUCUGGAUAAUGGUCGUCCAUCUACAGCUCAGCUCAAGGAGAAGCUACCAUGGUUCUUCAAUGCACUGAGCUCUGCUGACUGUGCAAAGGGUGGCCAUAGGGCUUACACAAGCAGUGUGGAUCUGAAUGGUUGCGAGAGUGGUGUUAUACGAGCCUCUGAGUUUUGUACUUACCACACACCACUAAGGAAACAGGAUGAUUUUGUUAAUUCAAUGCAUGCUGCACGAGAGUUUAGCUCAAGGGUUUCUGAUUCUUUGAAGAUCGAGAUCUUUCCGUAUUCGGUGUUAUAUAUUUUCUUUGAACAAUAUCUGGAUAUAUGGGAGACAACUGUGAUCAACAUUGCUAUAGCACUUGGUGCUGUAUUUCUUGUUUGCCUAGUUAUCACCUCUAGUUUAUGGAGUUCAGCUAUCAUUGUUCUUGUCCUGGCCAUGAUUGUUGUGGAUCUUUUGUGGAAUUACACUCACAAAGCUAGUCGGAGUCAUUGUCCUUUAUUUCGCAAAAUCAGAGAUUUUUGUGGUGGUAUUGAGUAUGUUUGGUCCAUCAUCGAGAAGUGUGCCCAUUGAAAGAGAGCAAGAACUUGAGACUUCCACUUUGUCACACUUGACUGAUUGACCAAAUGCAUUUGAAAGUUAGGUGGUUUUAUGAUGUAAAAUUAUGCAAGAAAGAAAUGAAAACAAAAUGACGGCAAAACAAACAAAUAAGGAGAAAGAGGGAAAGGAAGAAAGGACAUGCAUGUACAAUGAGUUAAGAACAUGUAAUUACUUUCUACCCAAAUUAACAGUGCAUAUAUUUUGGUCAAUGCUUAUGGUGUCAAAGUUUCUGUUAUCUUCACAUUUGUUGUCAGGAUCCUACCAUUUCUUUCCUUGUCAUUA